AAGAUUUAAAAGCAAAAAUUAUUUCUAUACAAGCUGAGCAAGAACGAUUAAAUUUAGUUUUAAGUGAGUAUAUUGAUGAACCCUUAUUAGUACUAGUUGACCAAGCCAUUAAAUCUUAUGAUGAGGCACUUCAAAAUUUAACAAAUCAAUUAAUAGAAGCAUUUAAUUUACCUGAUCCUACUAAGCAUCAACUGUUUAAUGAAACAUCACAAAAUACUGAUCUGGGAUUUCAAAAUUUAUUUGAAUGUUAUGAUCAUGGUAUUAAGCGUUUACAAGAUAUCUACAAACAAGAUAUUGAAAAAUCAGAAAUACGUAAUACAACAGGUUGUCGUGCUCAAAAUGUUGUUGUAGAUACAUAUUUACAAUAG